AUGGCAGCCCUGCACGCCCGCACCCUCGCCGUCGCCGCCGCUGCUGUCUUGGUGGUCUUCCUGUCCGCCGCUCCCUCGCUUGCGCAAUUGCCCGAUAAGAACCAAUGCAUCAGCACCGCUUCCGCGCAAUCCGGCAACGUCAACGUGCUGGCGCCGUGCGUGGGAGGCCCCUCGUCUUCAUGUUGCAGCACUGUGAAGGGCUUUGCGGGUCCCGGCGCCCCGCUGGGCUACUGCCUGUGCUACCCGGAUUUGGAGGAGCAGCUGCUCUCCACUGUGGAGAACGAUGCCACCGCUCGGCGCUUCGGUGUCACACGCAGUGCGGUAGUGAAUGUCCUGCAGUCCUGCAGCGUGCCCUUCGCCUCGGGCACUGGCGGCGCCGCCUGCCCCUCGGGAGCCGCCGUCGCCGUCUCCGCACCGACCACAAAAGUCGGUGUGGCGCCUAGCGGAGCUACCACCGUCAGUGAGGACGUCUGCGUCGCUGUGCAGGGCACUAUCAUGAGUUGUACACAUAGACAUGCUUGUACACGUGCCUGUAAUAUAAAGCACCUAGCCAGCUGUCCAGCAUCUUAA